AUGUCUUUUGUGUUGGAGAAUGACUCAGUCCAGGACAAACAGCUGUGCAGUGCGAUUUUGCACUACAUGCCUAUCCCUUACUUCAGCAACAACACGUGGUAUCUCUCGCUGUGGAAGAGAGUGUAUAGUAUAAGGCCGCAGGCAGAGGUUCUUUUUCUUAUGCACAUGAAGGGCGUGGGCCUUUUGAGUGCUUGGCUCUAUUUGCGAAUGCACGAGCACUUUUUACGUGCUGGGUGUGACUCUUGUGCACAUGCUAUUUUGGUCGAAGGGAUCAAGGCACAGGCGCAUCCAAUUGAGGAGCUGGAGGAGAAGGUGGAUUACUCAGUGGUGAAAGCGCAUCCUUUGGAGAAGCCCACGAGAAUAAAAAUAUUUGGGAGAGAGUGGAUACACACAACCUCGUAUGCACACCCAGAGGAUUUGCUUAGAAAAGAAGGAGCAAACAUUGCGUACAUGGAGUAUAAGAUCAUACAGUACAUACGGAGAGCAAAAAAGAAAGAAGACGAAGAAACAGAGAAGGGGCUGAAUGAGGUAUCUCUUCUCUUUGGAGAUGUACGGUCUGCCAGGAAGAACACAGAGGCAGAAUUAGAAGAGUGCCCCCCAAAAAAAGAAAAGAAGUCCUUUGGAGCAGAAAGUGCAGAUGGUGCGGUGGAGAACACUGCCAAUGCAUCCCAGAACAUAAUAGCAGAGACUACAGAGGAGUCUUUAAUCGCCAGCGAAAUAACAGGUGCGAAUAGUGUGUAUAUCCCAGGAGAGAUAGAAUCUAUCCACAAGAGCCAAUUAAAUCUUGCUGCAGAGAAUGCACAGGAGAUGCACAAGGAAAAGCUAUCAGAAAUACUAGCAGAGACAAGUGCGCAGGAACAGGAAGACUUUUUCAUGGACAAAACAGAGGUAGAGGAGAUACAGGGGCAUGAUGGCUCCAGGCUCUCCAAGGCAAUAGAUGAAGAUAUGGCAGAAGGAAGGAAUGAAGUAUACGAGAAACAGGGAAUUACUGUAGAGAGCUCUCUAUUUGGCAGCCCGGUGGUAGGAAGUAAGCUAGUGAUCAAAGAGAUGCUGUACAUCGUUAAAAAACAGUUGGGCAGCAGAUCUUUUUUGGCGACAAGAAUAGCAAGUCUUGGCGAUGGCAAUGUUACUCUUAAUGCCAAAGACUAUGCGCUGCGCACUGUGCAAAAUGCUUCAGAGUAUGCAGUGUCAAGAGCACUGGAGCUCUCUGGGUGCACUGUUCCCAUAGAAACAGCAAUAAAAUAUUCUGAUAAAAUCAUAGUCCUUUCUCCAUAUAAGGAAAUGGGGUCAUUGGAUAGAGCCAUUAGUCUUAUGGUGGAGAAAGCAGGGCACCUAUCUGAGAUAUUAGCUGCUCACUACAUCAAAGAGAUUCUUCAGAUAGGAAUGCGUCUAGAGAGCUACGGGCAUAGCAUAACAAAGUGUCUAGUGCGAGACUUUGUGCUGGUAGUAGAAAAUGGCAGAAUUUCUUUAAAACUAGCGGACUACAAGCACACCGAAACAGAGAAAAGCUUUUCAGUGUAUAGCGCAAGCAUUUUUGCACAUAUUAUGCAGAGCAUGAAGAUUGAAUCCACGCAGACUCUUCUUACACAGGUUUUAGCGCCAAAGGCCUGGGCGGAGAAAAUAGAGAGAUAUCUGUCGCAGAAAAGAGAGACUUCUCAGCUCCAAAGCCUUUUCAUCACGCAGGAAGUAAGCAUAUACGAGGAAAGCCAUCUAGUGUAG